CAAACAAGCACAAAUCCUUGUGAAGAGUAAGUUGCCAAUAGAAAGCUGCCAUGUGGCCAACAAAUAGAGAAAACGUUGAAUCAAAAAAGGUUCAAUAGAUGAUAUCGAGUACCGAUUGUUAGUAGCCGCUACAAAUAAUUUCCAUGAAGACAACAUUCUUGGUGAAGGUGGAUCAAGCCACUUUUUAUAAAGACCAAUUUGACAACGACUUUCAUGCAGCCGUUAAAAAACUAUCGGCUGGUGGACAGGUAGCCGAAAGAGAAUUCAAGAAUGAGAUCAAGUGGUUGAAUAAGAUUCAACAUCAGAACAUUGUUUUGCUUUCGGGAUACUGUAUUCAUGGCGAGGGGCACUAUCUCGCCUAUGAAUUGAUGCACAAUGGGCCAAUGGCUCUCUGGAAUUCCAGUUACAUGGUAAAAAGUGUGCUCCAGAUUCAUUUGAUCUUUUUUGGCUAAGCUUAAAAAGUUUACUUAUACGUAAUAAGUAAGUUUUAGAAAGUUAAUUUUUUAUUGAUAGAAAAUGAGAAUAAGUUAGUUA